GCGGCAUCCAUUCGCAAUUCGCCUCUUCCUCGCCUCUUUUUCUUCCCUUUCUGUAGUUCGACAGAACAGAGAAUCCUGAUCUCUCUCCCUCCCUCUCUCGUUACAUAUAUAUCUAUAUCUAUAUAUAUUUCUUCUAGCAAAAACAAAGAGCCGUUCGUUUUUCUUCGCUUUCUGGUUCAUUGAUAUUGUUCCUUUUCGAGCUGCGACGUGAUACUUCUUCUCGCACCGUUUACAGCAACGAGUGAAACAGCAGCAGCAGCAGCAGCAGCAGCAGCAGCAGCGACAACGCGGAGGAUAGGCGAAUACCACGCAACUUAUCCCUUUUCCCUCCGUCUGCUUUCUUCAAAAAUCCAUCAGCGAAAGUUGCUCAGAAAAAGUAAAACACCAUCGGCAGAAAGAAGCAGCAAGUCAUGCCGGCUUUUCUUUCGGCUGCGCUGCGCGGAGGCCGACGCGGCUUCUGGACGGCAGCCCUCUUCGCCCUCGUGCUUGCACUGAGCGCGUGCGGGUUGGUGGCGCUGGCAGUCGUGGACAUCGUGCCGGGUCGCACGCCACCUCAGCAGAAGCGCGCUGUGACGACCGUCAUUAACCACCACUCCUUCUCCCCUCCGCUGCUCCGGCGAUACUACGGCGACGGCGAGAUCCCGCACUGGAUGAUGUCGGGCACCACGGUCGUGACGGACAACUACGUACGCCUCACCGGCGACCUGCAGAGUCAGACAGGGCACCUGUGGAACACCGAUCCACUCGACAUGGACGCCUUCGAGAUCGUCUUCGGCUUCCGUGUGUCGCGGGUGAUUGGCGGGCUUGGCGCCGACGGCUUCGCGCUGUGGGUGGCGCAGAUCCCGCGGUUUAACGGCAACAUUUUUGGGCGAGCGGCGAACUUUAAUGGUUUUGGCCUUCUCUUUGAUUCGUACGACAACGACAACCGCCGCGACAACCCGAUGGUGAGUCUCGUGACGAACGACGGCAGCGCGACGAGGAGGUUCACCCCCGCUACGGACUUCAUGGGUGAGACCCUCGCAAACUGCGUUUUUGACUUCCGCAACAUCAUGGCACCGAACAUGGCGACGGCGCGCCUGCGGUACAACAAGGGCACCCUGUCGCUGCAUCUUUCGCGCAACAGCGAGGUCGAUGAGCAGCACUGUUUCACCGUGAGUAAUCUUGAGAUGCCGGCGGGGAAGUCGUACCUGGCCUUUUCCGGGCAGACCGGCGACGUGUCGGAGGUGCACGACAUCAUUUUUGUGCACCUGUCCCCGUUGGACAACGUGGUGUACGACCACGACGUCCAGCAGCCCCACAACGGCGGUGCGGCGAAUGGCGGUCCAGGGCUGUACGACAACGACGCCAUGAACAACCGCCGCGUCCCCGAGUCCACGACUCUCGCGCCACAGCAGCAGCAGCAGGAUCAGCAACAGGAAGAUCAGCAGAAACGCGACAUCGAGGCGCAAAUUCGUGCCGAGGUGGAGCGCCGCGCGGCUGAACUCGAGCGUGAUCGUUUAGCAGCCGAGCAGCAACGUCAGCAGCAACAGCAGCAGGACAUCGAUGCUCAGCAGCAGCAGCAGCAGCAACAAGAGCAGCAGCAGCAGCAGCAACAGCCGCCUCUCGAUCCUGCCGAGGCAGAUCGUCAGCGCAUUGCGGAGCUGGAGCGCAAACUCGCUGAGCUGAAGCGUGGUGAUCAGCGCCGACCGGAGCGCACCGCGGCGGACGACGAGUACGAUGAGGAGUACGAAGACGAGGAUGUGGAUCAGCCGCGUCGCCGCCGCGUCCGCCGCGCACGUACACCGCGACGCAACACGGUAGAGUACGAGGACUAA